GCUUCUCCUCUUCUGCCUCCUCUCCUCUCCUGCUCCUCACCACCAGGAUGUGGCACUCGGUGGCUCUGCUCCUCUCUGGAUUCUCUGCUUUAAUCCACGUGUCGUUACAGGGUCCUCACCAGAGGAACCUGCUGAAGAACCUCCUGAAGGAUUACAACCGGAUGGAGCGGCCCGUGGGCAACGACUCCCACCCUCUCACCGUCGUCUUCUCCCUCAGUUUGAUACAGAUCAUGGAUGUGGAUGAGAAGAACCAGGUGCUCACCUCAAACAUGUGGCUACGGAUGAGUUGGUUCGACCACUAUCUCCAGUGGAACCAGAGCGAACAUCCUGGAGUUAAAAAUCUCCGCUUCACCACAGACCAGGUCUGGACACCAGAUAUCCUUCUUUACAACAGUGCAGAUGAUGACUUUGACUCCACCUUUAAGACCAAUGUUCUGGUGAACUCCAGUGGCUACGCUGAAUAUCUGCCUCCAGGAAUCUUCACGAGCACAUGCAACGUGGACGUUCGCUGGUUCCCUUUUGACAUUCAGAAGUGUGAGCUGAAGUUCGGUUCUUGGACAUAUGACGGCUGGCUGCUGGACCUCCAGAUGAACGACGCUGACAUCUCAGGCUACAUGCCCAAUGGAGAGUGGGACCUAAUAGGUGAGUUGGGUGAACUUCUGCACCUGCAUCAAAAAAAUCCAGGUGUUUCUUCAUCUUUAUCUGCCAUAACUUCAUUUAGGUUGUGCCAAUUUAUUUCUGUUUCCGUCCUUUCAGGAGUUCCGGGCACCAGAAAUGAGGUUUUCUAUGAUUGUUGUAAGGAGCCCUACCCAGACGUGACGUUUGUGGUGACGAUACGGAGGCGAACGCUCUACUACGCCCUGAACCUGCUCAUCCCCUGUGUGCUGCUGUCUUCUAUGACCCUGCUAAUCUUUGUGCUUCCAGCUGACUCUGGGGAGAAGAUCUCACUAGGUAUCACCGUCUUGCUGUCUCUUACUGUUUUCAUGUUGCUGGUCGCAGAGAUCAUGCCGGCCACAUCUGACUCCGUCCCACUUAUAGGUCAGUACUUUGCAAGUAUAAUGAUCAUCGUUGGGAUGUCAGUCAUCGCUACAGUAGUGGUUCUGCAGUAUCAUCACCACGAUCCAAACGGAGGAAACAUGCCUAAAUGGGUGCAGCUCGUCUUGCUGCAGUGGGUAGCCUGGUUUUUGCGUAUGAAGCAGCCCGGGGAGAACGAUGACCCAGAGCGGCCCCCGUGUGCCCCCCACCUGCGACGCUGCUCCUCAGGCUCCCAGAGCGGGAGCAUUCCCAACCCUCCAGACCCCACCCUUCACCCGCUGCACCCGCAGAAUCUGGCUCCUCUCCAAACAGGGCCCCUUCAUGCGGGACACCCUCACCUCCAUGCCCAGUCCAGCGCCAACAACAACGGGAACCUUCUUUACAUGGGCUUCCAGAGUAUGGAGGACCCUUCAAUGCUCUCGGAGUCUGUCCAGAGGAAUAACACCUCCACUGGGCUUCCGCGAGUGGCAGGGAGUCCGCCUCCGCACCUGCCAUCACAGUUCUGCAGCUCCCCACCACCUCCUACCCCCAAUAUGGACACUGUAGGUUGUCCCAGCACUGUCUCCAGUGGUGGGGGCUUUGGAGGUGGACCGGGAGGGAUAGGAGGGUGCUCAGCUGCGGGGAUAGGAGAUCCCCAGCUUCAGGCUAUCCUGGAGGAGGUGCGUUACAUGGCAGAUCGUUUCCGGGAGCAGGACGAGACAGAGAGCAUGGUCGACCAGUGGAAAUUUGCAGGCGCUGUAAUUGACCGCCUGUGUCUGGUGGCGUUCAGUGUUUUCAACAUCAUUUGCACCAUCUCGAUCCUCAUGUCUGCUCCCAACUUUGUGGAUGCUAUUUCCAAGGACUUUGUUUGA